UAAAAAUCAGUUUGUGGUAGUAAUUUGGAGAGUAUUUCAACAAGAUGGCUGAAAACACGAGUACUGAGAAUGCUGUGGAAGGUUCCUCAACCGUUUCUACUGGGAAUGGGGAUGGAAAUCAAGUCCAAAAUGGAACAGACCAGUCUGCCCAGCCUGCACAGCAGCCUGCCCCCAGACAAAACAUGUGGUCCAUACUGAAGACUCUGGUUGUCCGCAUGUUGUUCAUCUAUUUCAUCGCCAGUCUCUUCAAACGUUCACCCCAGACAAACACGACUACUGAUGGGACCGCUGGAUCAUCCAUCAUGCAGAAACCAUCAUCAAAUGUGUAUUCAAAAGACAUGAGAAUGGACAUGUAUGUAUAUGUGUCGGAGCAAGAACAUUUCACAGACUUCAAGAAUCCUGAUGCAUUGUUUUGGACAAAGCGGGCACUUGUGUAUGGAGACUGGACCAGUGGACUGGAUGGAGAUGGGUCAUAUGUUCACAGUGAUCAGAUUAAAGCAACUCCGACCAUUCAAAGCAACGGAUCAGUGUAUCUACAUGUCUACUUUGUGAAAGCUGGAAAGUUGCCCGACCCUGACGAGAAGGGGAAAUUCUCCAGGAAAACAACAGUGUACAGAUCCAAACGCCUGAACAAAUUCAAGAAGCGUUUUUUCCACAACACUGUUAAUCUGCUCACAGGAGAGACAGAUGUACAUCCUGAUCUUAUCAAGAGAGAGAACUCCUCCUCCUUUGAGGUCCUGUCCCACUGGCAUCCCAACAUGACCAUCAACCUUCUGGAUGACUACUCCCCUUGGAUUGAAGGCCAUGUGCCAGCUCCACUUGAUGAAUAUAUUGACUUCAUCCCUGGUACUGACAAGUACUUCCCAGUCUUGUAUCUGAAUGAUUACUGGAACCUCAAUAGUCACUACAUGCCUGUCAAUGACACAGUCACAGAGCUGAACUUGACCCUGACCUACAGCCCCAUCUCGCUGUUCCGCUGGCAGAUCUAUGCAGCGCAGGGCAUGCGCAACAAGUGGUACAGCUUCAUGGGGAGCGACCUGAUUGAGGAGAAUGAUGAUGAUCAGGAUUCACUGAAGACAGCUUUCUUGGAGACCAACCCCUACCUCCUUGCGAUGACCAUAGUGGUGUCACUUCUCCACAGUGUCUUUGAGUUCCUUGCCUUCAAAAAUGAUAUUCAGUUCUGGAAGAGUCGCAAGUCUCUGGAGGGCUUGUCAGUGCGUUCCGUGUUCUUCAAUGUGUUCCAGUCCCUGAUUGUGUUGCUGUAUGUCAUGGACAACGAGACCAACACUGUUGUCAGGAUCAGUGUGUUCGUUGGACUGUGUAUUGAGAUUUGGAAGAUCCACAAAGUUGUCAAUGUCAAGUUUGACAGAGAGAAUCUUCUGUUUGGGGUACUUCCUCGGUUGAGCCUGGGAGACAAAUCCAGCUACACUGAAUCUAUGACAAAGAAGUAUGAUACUCUGGCCUUCAAGUACCUGUCCUGGCUUCUGUUUCCCCUGCUGGGAGUAUAUGCUGUCUACUCACUCCUCUACAAUGAACACAAGGGAUGGUACUCAUUUGUCCUGGGCAUGAUGUAUGGUUUCCUCCUUACAUUCGGGUUCAUCAUGAUGACUCCCCAGCUCUUCAUCAACUACAAGCUGAAGUCUGUGGCUCAUCUACCAUGGAGGAUGCUGACGUACAAAGCCCUCAACACAUUCAUUGAUGAUAUAUUUGCAUUUGUCAUUAAGAUGCCAACGUUAUAUCGUUUAGGAUGUUUACGUGAUGAUGUGAUAUUUUUCAUAUAUGUCUAUCAGCGUUACAUAUAUAAGAUUGAUCCAAAGAGAGUCAAUGAGUAUGGAACAAGUCAGGAUAUGUUUGAUGAAAAUGCAGAGGUCAAAACUGAAGAUCAAGCAGCGAUUAAAGCAGGGUCUGCAACAGAAGGUGAGACCCCAGCCAUAGAGAAGCCAGCAACGGACUCCACAGCAACAGAGAACCCUGCAACAGACUCCACAGCAACGGACUCCAUAGCAACGGACUCCACAGCAACAGAGCCUAAGCCAGCUGAGGAGAAGAAGAAUGACUAGGAGUAGAUGGAGAUCCGUUGUGGAAGCCAGAGCUCUGAUGAAUGUGUGUGAGAGGGUAGAUGAGAGGAAUGCUAGUGUUUGGAGAAUGGCAGGUAUUUAACUCUGAGCCAAAACUUGAAAGAUAUAUUGCUCCUCGGUGGUGUGUUAUGAAGUCUUUUUGUAUUGUUUUCUCACAGGAACUGAACAGCAUAAUUGUUUGAAAUCCAAUGAUUUGUUUUCACAAGUGUUGGCCACAACUCUAUUGGAAUGCCUGAUGGUUCUCUAUGGACCUAACCCCCUUUAAUGUUUAGGUGGAAUUUAUUUUGACCAGCUUUAUUUUAGAACAAUUAUAUUGUGCAAUAGAAUUUUAUUUUAAGAGUGUGAAUAAGAGGUCUGACAGAAAACCUAGAUAGUUGGCAGCCUAAAAUAGCAGUGUUGGAAUUUACAGGGACCCCUCCCCCAAAUCUCAAACUUUUAACUCUUAAGAUUGUCCACAAAACCUGUAAUAUAUAGGACAUGACAGGUGCCCUUUUGAAAUGUUCUGCAUUGAAGGUCAAAUUGUUUGACAACUAUUCAGACCACCUAUACUCAGAUGUUGCUUUUAGAAAUAAAGACUGGGUAAUAGGCAUUCACUUCAUGUAUGGAAUCGGAUGCAUUUUUAAUUGGCUUAUAAGACAGGACUUUAUAGAACUCAUAUUAUCUGCCCUGUGUUAUGUAACAUGCUGUGAAAGUCACCAAUAUGGCCAGUCUUAGCAUAUGCUUCCUGAGAUCAUUGAGGAGAAAUACAUCGGUCACCGAACAUUCAAUAUUAUGUGAUCAAAAUGUGUAGUGCCCAUACCACCAUACUGUCAUGUCUGUUUCACCGAUGUUGAGAUUCAUUGUGUUUAUAUUGUGUUGUCUGUCAAGUUUUGUAAUCAGAGAUGUUGCUGUGCGGACAAGUAGUUGGGUACUGGAAAAUAAUUUAUUUGCAUUGUUAUAAACGGAAUGUUUAUUGUGUAAAGAGAAGUUGAUUUAAAAGACACUUGAUUGUUUGUAAUUUCCACUUAACAUAUACAUCUUGUGAGAUUUGUGUUUCCCAGUGUUAGGAUUUAUGGAGUUUUAUUGUCUAAUAGGGAAGCUCAGAUUUAAUGUCAUCAGUGUCUUUUAAAAUCCCAUAUUUCACUCUGAUAUGAUACCUUUCUGUGCGAACAUCUUAGUACACAAGAGUCACAUCAGGUGAGCACUGAGCAAACUUUGACCAAUCCAGUUGUAUGAAGGAUGAGUGGGUUCUUGAGCCAAUCAGAUGACAGCUUUCUGAAGCGAUUUGGCUUCAUUUCUUUUCUACCUUAUUAAGGAAAUUUUAAAUCUAUGCAAAAGAAAACCUCCACAUAACACAACUAUACCCUCGAUUGUACACCCUUUUAGAUGUAGCUUAUACCUUGAUGCAUUCAAUAUCCACAAUAUUGUGGCGUAUUAUUGUAUAUUUUGAAAUGAGAUAUCCCUGAUGAUAUUUAUUUUCGAGAUACAGAAAUCAGAUAUGCUUGUCUGACUGUUUCACUUACCUGUACUGAAAAUUUGGAAGUCUUGAUGCUGAUUAGAAAUUUACCCUGAUGUGACCUCCUAUGGAGGCAUCCUCCAAGUCCCCACAUCGUGAGGGGCGGUGGGGUGGCCCAGUGGUUAAAGUGUUCACUCCUCACCUUGAAGACCCGGGUUCGAAUCCCCACAUGGGUAAAAUGUGUGAAGCCUAUUUCUGGUGUCCACUGCCGUGAUAUUAAUGGAAUAUAGCUAAAAGUGGCGUAAUACCAUACUCACUCACUCCCUCACUCACUCACUCACUCACUCACUCACUCACAGAGAGGCAUUGUAUUUUAGUAAACAAAAUGAAUUGAAGAGAUUGGCAAAGUCAUUGUCCUUGUACAUGGUAAAGUAUUUCUUGGUGGUAUUACACUACUGCAGGAUAACAAUUAUUGUUUUAAUGAAACAUUUGCACAAGUCAUUAUUUCAAAUAGUAUUGAUACAUGUAAUAAUAGAUCUCAUUACUGCAGAUAAAUCAUUGUCAUGUUGAAAUAACUAUUUGUGAGUUUAGAGUUUGGCUAGAUACAUGAAGGAAACUGUAACAUUGUUGACCUGUACACGUGGCUGUGAUCACUUCAAGCAUCCAUGAUAACAGAAGUGCCAUCACCCCAGGAAACCUUACAUAUCCAUUUUAUGUUUUCUUGUAAAAACAAAUUUUAUUUAUCGUUUUAUCUAGUUUUUCAAACUUUGAUAUGGAACAAACACUUCUCUUUCACUUUUAUACAGCUUGUCAUCUAUUUCACAUACAUGUUUUUUCAUAUUGCAUUCAUUUGUUUUAAUCGUACAUGAGUUUAUGUUUUUUGUCAAAAUGUUCAUAUUGUUAUCACCUUCAGGAGAUAGCAGUUCUAACCAAAAAAAAAAGUUUGUUCCGGGGAAACAGGAUUGUAAGCAUUUUAUUGCUGAAAAUGGCCAUUUUAGAUUUUUGGGAUUGAGGGUUUUCACUUCACGCCUGUAAGCCUUUCACUUUUUUAUCCUCUUUCGCGCAGUCUACUGGCCCCAAUUUGGGUCUUAAAAUAAUUUUUAGUGCUUUUAUAUGUCAUCAUAUGAACUAUUAUCAACUGAGCUUACCAAACUGACUUUUUCUAAACUCUGGCUUUGGACUCGUGGCUAAAGUCACAAACUGUUCUCAUAAGAAACAAAUGGAUGAAAAUUGUCAGAUAUAGUUUAAGUCUGUCGAUGCUUUUCCAGACUACUGCAUUUAAAAUGUUUCCUGUUCAUAUCAAAUGAAAUCGAGCUUGCCCAAUGCCUUCAAGAUGUAAGGAAUGUCGGUGAAUUCAUAACCAUACUAAUUCGUAGCCAUGAAGAAUUCGUAGACACUUCCAAUCUUAGACAAAAUUCACGGUAAUCUCAUAGACAAAACAAAUCACUUGGGAAGUACAUGAUGCAUUUUAAUACAAACAGCUGUCCCCUGAAUAUCUAUUGGUUAAUGCCCCAUAGAUACAACUUACAACUUGUGUCCAUGCAGAAGUAUUCAGCGGGUCAGCAAAACUCCUCAUGGUCAGGUUCAGCUACAUUAAUUCAUCAAGACGUUCCGAAGUCCUUUCUUUUGGAAUCAAUAACUGAUCAAUCAGUUACGAAGGGUUUAGUCAUCUUGCUGUAUUAAAACAAAGAUAACAUGAUGCAUUUAUCAGUCUUGGAAGUUAAUGGACUACUCAUUGUGUAGAUGGAUUAAUAGGACAAACCCUAAUAUAACUGAUAUUCUUUUCAAAUCGGCAUUGAUCCUAACUCAGUCACCCUUUAUUAGAAGACCUCAAAUUUUAACUUACUUUCAUGAUUAGAGCGUUUCAAUUUUUAAGGAAAGACAAUUUAAAUAAAUAUGUGAGCGAGUUAAAAUUUAGCAUUCUAAGUGACACAGGAUUGUUUUCAGUGAUUUUCACGGAGAAUGAAUGUUAUCAGUGAAAUUGUUAUGAUACAUGUCAUGUGAAGAAGAUGUACUGAAUAGUUGUACCCCAAAUUGUUCUACCAACCACCAAGCCUCUGAGUGUAGGGGGGCACGGGUGGCCCAGUCGUCUAAGGCGCCGUAAUUCGCUGUGCAGAGUUGCGUCCCUUGGGCACGCCAGAAACCUAUGAUUGUAGGUUUGAAUCCCCGUUUGCCCCAAUUAUGUUUCUAGGUUUGUCAGCACCAUACCCGUGCUCGUGGGUUUCACCGAAGUGGUAAACGUCUGAGACCUGCAUCACUUCGGGGUUUCCUCCCACAUUAAGCUGACACGCCGCGAUAUAACUGGAAUACUGUUAAAAGCGGCGUUAAACCCAACUCACUCACUCACUCUGAGUGUAGGAUUUUAUCUCUGCUCCACGAUAUGUUCAGUUCCUUUCCCCUCACCAACAUUGAUGGGGAUCCUCGGGUUCACAGGCCAAGAAAAGCUCAGUGUUCCCCAUGCUGCAAUAAUACACCAUGGGCCACUGAACUGUUGUUUCAAAGUCUGUACCAUGUAAACUCUAACAGUGAUACCUACAUCAAGGUGAUGAAAGACUUGAUUCUGUCCGUUCAUUGCAUGGGAAGGACAUAUACUACUCCAAUUUUGAUAGGGAUAUCUAUCUUUCCAUGAUACACAAAAGUGAUUCUCAUAAUAUGUCAAGUGUAUAUGUAAAUAGAACGACAUAUCUGAUGAUCCCUCUGAAACAUGGAGUAGUAUGUGUAUAUUUUAUCUGAAAGCUGUUAGCCUACUUGUCAAUCAUUAGAAGAUGUUAAUGUUAUAUCGGAGUAAUAUAAUGACUAGCAGAUUAUUGUUUUCAAUUGCCCAGACAUGCAGAGAGAUGUAUCAUGUAUUAGAACUGUUUCGUAAGCAGAUUGUCAUGUAGGAAUUGAAAAGGUGUGUAAAUUGUAGCGUGUAGCAUUACUUGUGAUAUUGCAUGUUAUCAUCAUUGUUGAAGAGUCAAAUGAAGUGAUCCUGCUGC